CCAGCAUGGUAUCCUCCUUCUGCGGAUGUUGUUGUCUUUUAUGCGUCCUCGGUCUAUAAGGGCAGGUGACGAAAAAAUAAAGACAUAGAGCUAGCCUGCACCUGGAGUGAGUGACAUUUUAACAAAUUGAAUGUUGUUUAACCAUUAUAUUGUGGUAAAAUAUUUUUAAUGUCAGCCUACAUCCUACCUAUUAUUUCAGACUUGUUUAACUUUAAUUUAGUUUAAAAGCUACUAACAUGUCAUUUGCUGGACUUAUGUGCGUGUGUAGACUGGUUAGAAUUAGCACAUGCAGUGAAAUACAGCUCAGAAACAGGCAUGCACUUGUAAAACUUUCCCAAAAUAGAAGGGAAAUAAAAUGUUUUUCUAGUGGUUCAGUGAACUACAAUGAUGAAGAGCUGGCCACCAAACAAGCACUCUCCAGAAGGAGGAGACCGCUGUCCCCCCUGGAGAGGAUCAGUAGUCUGCUGCCUCAGGAUGCUCUGAGCCCCGAGGUGAUGCAGCUGAGACAGGAGAACCAGCACGAACCAAAUAGUGUUCAGGUACCAGCCACAGACUGCAUACAGGAGGAAAGUAAAUGUGAAGAAAUUGCUGAAGAGGACGAUCUGCAGGUUGAUGCAGCAGUUACUUCAGCCACCCUCCCUGGGGAGAGCUUGCUUGCUUUUGGGGAGCUGCUUGUGGCCGAGUACAGAAGAAAGGAACAGGUGGAAUUCAGGAAGAUGUUCCAGCUUCAGGCAGGGACUCAACUGCAGAGCAGCUGGGGGAUCAUCCUGCAUGACAGCAUUGCGAGGCAGCCUGCAGGUCGGAUCCUGAAGACGAGCAGGGGGUUUCCCAUACUCAUACGGCGAGCCAGUCUGGAGGAUUAUGUGCUGUUUAUGAAGAGGGGGCCUGCCAUUGUCUACCCAAAGGAUGCAGCGACCAUGCUGCUGAUGAUGGAUGUCACAGAGGGAGACUUUGUGCUGGAGUCAGGCUCUGGGUCAGGGGCCAUGUCUCUGUUCUUGUCUCGAGCAGUGGCCUCUACAGGCAGAGUGUUGAGUGUGGAGGUCAGGGAGGAUCACCACAGGCGAGCUAUGUUGAACUACAAGCACUGGAGAACGUCUUGGAGUCUGCGUGGAGGGAAGGAGUGGCCCGACAAUGUCCUGUUUCACAACGCUGACCUCUGCACAGCCUCCUCUCUCCUGGAUGGGCAGGGAUUCAACGCGGUUGCUCUUGAUUUAAUCAACCCUCACCUGGUUUUACCCACAGUGAUUCCACAUCUGCACCCUGGAGCUGUGUGUGCUGUCUACCUCGCAAAUAUAACACAGGUCAGUGAUCUGCUGGAGGGGCUUCGAUGUUUGGCGCUGCCUUUAUUGUGUGAACGCAUCAUUGAGGUUCCAGUAAGAGACUGGCUGGUGGCCCCAGCCCUGCAGAAAAGUGGACAGUACUGCACCAGAAAAGCUCCAGUCAUGGCUGAAGAGCAGGGGGAGAUUGAAAAAGAAGAGCUCACCACAGAUGCACAUCCAGCCUUUGGAAGUAUUCCCUACAUCGCCAGACCUCACCCUGAACAAAUGAGCCACACAGCAUUCCUGGUGAAACUGAGGAAGUAUGUGCAAUAGCAGCUCCACCUAUGUGGAACCAUUACAGGCAGUAAUAAACUGGUCAUCUUGUGAAAUAAAGGAAAGCUUGAAACUCA